AUGGCUGCCAACUAUUGGUCGUCUACUCAACGCGGAUGUUGGCUCUUCACUCGUGAGAAGCUGGCGGAAAGUCGAGACCGCUUACGAGACCGAGAUAAGGUCGCGCAUUCGCAGUUCCCACUUCCAGACCAACGCCUGCUAAACAUCUAUUUCAACCAACAACUCAUCAAGCUGGGUAAACGCAUGUCCACUCGCCAACAGGCAAUCGCAACUGCGCAGGUUUACCUCAAGAGGUUCUACUUCAAAAAUGAAAUUCGCUAUACAAACCCUUACUUGGUUCUCACCACCGCUUUCUAUCUGGCCUGCAAGAUGGAAGAAUGUCCCCAGCACAUCCGCUUCGUUGUCGGAGAAGCGCGUGGACUCUGGCCAGAAUUCAUCACUCCAGAUGUGGCGAAACUCGGUGAAUGCGAAUUCGCUCUCAUAUCCGAGAUGAACUCCCAACUCAUCUGCCAUCACCCGUAUCGGACGUUAUCAGAACUUCAAACAGAGUUAUCUCUUGGCUCAGGCGAGGUGGCUCUGGCUUGGUCCGUGAUCAACGACCACUAUCUUACCGAUCUCCCUCUACUAAACCACCCGCAUAUAAUUGCGGUCAUGGCGAUCAUCGUCGCGGUGGUUUUCAAGCCGACUCAUCCAGGCGGAACAUUCAACUCCACCCCUGCCCAGUCUGCCCAGUCCACUAUGGCGGGGGCGGCUAGGGAUGGAAACGGUAUGAACAUGCUCGCUGCUCUUGCAGAUCGAAGCGGAAAUGGACCUCCUCGGAUUCAGAAGCUGGUGCAGUGGUUGGCGGAGAGUGAAAUUGAUAUUAAGAGUGUCAUCGAGUCUACUCAGGAGCUGCUUUCUUUGUAUGAGGUGUGGGAGCAGUACAGUGAAAAACACUGCAAAGAGCUCAUCGGGCGAAUGGUGAAGAGCAAGAAUCUCGACAAAUGA